GUUAUUUUCAGAAAAUAAAGGGAAAUAAUUCCGCUUUUAAACACGCUUUAGACCUUGAUUGUCGGUGUUGCCCAGUGUUAGCGAUGCGUUGGCACCCGGUGAGACAAACAGUCGCUGUGCCCAGCUGCUGUUUCUUGCCUUCAUACCUCAGCAUCGUGACGAUAACCGGCGUGCCCAUCGGCUGUGGUUGCAGCACCGUUAUGGGUCACGCAUCCAGCUGCUGCAGAUCGUCCCUGCUCUGUUAUUGCUGUAAUUGCUGUAACCGCUCGCUCUGUUUCUCGCACUCCAGGCUCGGCCGCCCCGCGCUGGCCAGCAGCAGCAGGCGCUGCCUUCCUGGUGGGGCCGGGCGGUGGCACGGCGCGGUGGGCGCAGGGCUGGGAGCUGCGCUGUGUGCUGUCCCGGUCGUGGAGAAACAGAACUCAGCUUCUCUCAGUAACGACGCCUUGAUUAAGAGAGCCGUUUGUUUGGUAACAGACAGUACUUCCACUCUCCUCUCUCAAACAACAUACGCACUGAUUGAAGCACUGACAGAGUAUACAAAGGCAGUUUAUACGUUGGUGUCUCUCUACAAGCAAUACACAAAUCUUCUUGGGAAGAUGAACUCAGACGAAGUGGAUGCAGUCUGGCAGGUGGUAAUAGGAGCCAGAGUUGAUAUGACAACAAAACAGCAAGAAUACCUAAAGCUAGAAUCCAGCUGGAUGACAGCAUUACGUCUUUCAGAGAUGGCAGCAGAAGCUGCGUAUCAGUCAGGUGCAGAUCAAGCCUCGGUGACAGCUCAAAGCCACAUCCAGCUAAUCAAAUCACAGGUGCAAGAAGUACGGCAGCUGUCCCAGAAGGCAGAGACCAAGUUAGCUGAAGCUCAAACAGAGGAGCUCCUGAAAGCCCAAGGAGAGGAAUCUUCGUUGCCUCAGGGUACUUUAGGAAGUACAGAUGCAGGUGAGGACCCUUAUCUUCGGGAAGACUGACAUGAACUUAAGUGUCAUUUUAGAAUAUGUGAGAAUCAAUCAGAAAUUGAAGGGUUCCAAACUUCUAAGUGUUGGAUAGCAGGAAACCUCUGAAAUAAGCCUGUGAUUCCAUUUCCACCCCUUACCCUCAGAUAGGCUUGCUUGACGGAUCAAGACAAUUCCAAGAAUCUGAAAGGCCUUGACUGUGUUUAUAAUUAUGGAUUCAGUUAUUUAAGUGUUUAACUAUGCAAAUGUGUAAAUUGCUAUCAACGAUAGCUUGUUAAUUUUGUCUGCUGGGAAGAUCCUAGCAGUGGUUUGGUAUGUUUGUGAGAGCUCUCUAACAUAGAGCCUAAGUAGGUAUCAACCAAAGAAGUGUAUUUAAAAGUUACUGGUUUUAACCUGUAUAGUAAAUGAUGUCUGUUAGUAGAUAUCUCUAUUAAAUUGGGCAAAUUCAUUUCAUUCCAAAUGUUACCAUAGGUAAAAGAUUAAGUGCUGUUUUCAGUUUUGACUUAAAAGCUUGUAACAGAGUUGAGUCUGAUAGCUAUAUCUAAUUGCACUUAAUUGCAGUCAGGGGAAUUGUUUGCUGUAGAGCUGAAAACCUGCUAUGGAGUUACCCAAGUUCCUCUUAGAGAAGUUUUGCACAAUUCAGUAUGACAGCCUCUUUCACCCAGGAGCCAGUACUUGUAAUGUAUCUGCCUUCCCCAGGAAGGAAGAGAUUUGAUUUUCACGGCAUUGUGGUUAUAAAGUAGUUGUGGAAACUGCUGCAGAUUUUACAAAGCAGUCAACAAAAGUGAGUUUUACAUAUUUGAGUGCUUUCCAGCAAAAGUGUCAAAAAAAUAAUCUUCAUUCUCUCUUUCUGUGAUCUUAGUGUUUCACUACAGACUUCAAAACCACAGGUAUCUUCCGUUGUGUUCAUUUUCUAACUUAACAGCUCAACGUGAAAUUUGCAGUGUUAACUGUACAAACAAUAAAACUUCAGCUGAGA